UGUCGCGGAGCUGUCCAGCACUUCAGGAGGGGCCGCGCUCGCCGCGCCGGGAGCCGCGCCGGGAGGGGCCGGGCCGGGCCGGGCCGAGCGGAGCCCAGCGGGGCCGAACCGGGACGAACGGGGCCAAACGGGGCCGACCGGGGCCGGGCCCGGCGGGACGGCGCAGGCAGCGGUCGGCGACGGCGGCUCCGGGCCCGGCGGGGCGGCGGGGCGAGGCGCUGCUGGUGGGGAGGCCGCCCACGCCAGCAUGGCUCUCUACAACAACGGGGCCGACGUGCCUUCGCCCCAGGAGGCCUCCAAUGGCUUCUCGCAGCCCAGCGCCUCGGGUACGUGGCACAAGGGCGAGGAGGAGGUGCGUCUGGUGGAGCCCAGCCUGGUGAAGAAGGCUCACCGGGAAAUCCUGGACCACGAGCGCAAGCGGCGGGUGGAGCUGAAGUGCAUGGAGCUGCAGGAGAUGAUGGAGGAGCAGGGGUACUCCGAAGAGGAGAUUCGGCAGAAAGUGGGGACCUUUCGGCAAAUGCUGAUGGAGAAGGAAGGCGUGCUCACCAGGGAGGACCAGCAUGGGCGCCAAAUCGUGAUAGAAAACCACCACGAGGCAGAUGGGGAGGAGUACGCGGCGGAGUACCCCGACUACGGCGAGGGCUGCCUGCUGCAGUGCGACUGCUCGGCCGAGUGCUACCGUGAGGACAGCGGCCACCACGAGUAUAGGCUGAAAAGACGCUCGAGCAGCUCCACCUCUCCUCCGCCCAAGAAGAAAAAGAAAAAGAAAUCAGGUCACCGCCGGAGCCGCAAAAAGAGGAAACCCGGCUCGGAGCGCAGCUGUGACAGCUCUUCACCCAUCCGCAAGGAGAAGAAAAAGAAGACUGGAAAGAAACACAGACGCGACAGGUCUGAGUCGGGGUCACGGAAGAAGAGAAGACACAGGUCCCGAAGCCCCAAGAACAAACGGAAAGAGAAAAACAAAGAGCGCAAGAGGUCCCGCAGCGAGUCCCCGGCCUGGCGCUCGCACCGGCGCAGCUCCUGCAGCUCCCACAGCGUCUCGCUCUCCUCCGACGACAGCGGCUCCAAAUCCCCCGGCAGGCUAAGCCCCAAGCGCCGGCAGGAUGUCCCCAAGGGCAGCAGCGCCCGCUCCAGCCGCAGCCCGUCCUCCCCCUCGCCGCGCCGCUCGGCCUCGCCGCACACCAACGGGCACAAGGGCAGCGCCCAGAACGGCCGCCACAGCCACGGCGCCCCGCUCCCGGAGCCCUCGGAUAGGCCGGCCUCGGCGUCCCCCUCUCCGUGGGCUCACGGCAGGACGGACCCUCCGUCCCCCCGCACCCGGGGGGGCCGACAUGGUGCCCGCAGCCCCCGGUCGCCCACGCCGGAGCGGGGCAAGCACGGCCACCGGCAUCGCUCCCGCAGCUCCUCGCCGCCACCUCGUCACCGUGGCCAGAGCAAGGGACGGCCACCGGCCCCCCGGGAGCCCCCGCCACCGCCCCUCAGCCCCCCUGGCUACAGCAGCGACUCGGAGGGCUCGGCGGGCUCCCACCCCUACCACCCGCCGCUCGGCCCCGACAGGAACCACGGCGCCCACGCCAAGAAGGUGAAGGAGAGGCACCACCGGGGCCGGCCCAACAGCAGCUCGGAGUCGUCGGCCAAGCACUCCCGGCACGCCUCGGAGCGGAGGAAGAGCCCGUCGCCCAGCCCCGGCCAGCGCAGCAGCUCCUGGAGCUCCAGCGGCUCCCUUUCCAAAUCCCGCUCCCGCUCCCGGGAGAAGAGAGCAGGACGCAGCCGCUCCCGCUCGCCCUCGCCGAAAAAACCCGCCAGCAGAGAGAAGGACAAUGAGCCCCGAACACGCCAUGGUGACCCCGAUCCCGCCCGCGCCCGGCGCCGCUCCAGGAGCUACUCCCCCAUCAGGAAGAGGAGACGUGACUCCCCCAGCUUCAUGGAGCCCAGGAGGAUCACGAGCGCUCGCAAGCGUCCCAUCCCCUACUACCGCCCCAGCCCCUCGUCCUCCAGCUCGCUGAGCACCUACUCCUACAGCCGCAGCCGCAGCCGCAGCUACGACAGCUACAGCACCAGCCGCAGCCGCAGCCGGACUCGCAGCCCCCCCAGCCGCUCCCGCAGCCCCAGCCGCAGCCCCAGCUACAACAGCCGCAGCAGCUCGGAGAGCGCCGGCUUCUGAUCCCCCCCCAAACCCAGGUGCCACCUGCACCCCCAGGAGGGACGGGGAGGUGGAAAACAGCCGGGACCUGCUAAGGAUGGACCUGGCGGCGGGGGAAAGCGGGGGCCAAAAACUCAAAUGGGUCCUUGCAUCGCCCUAGGAGGGGGUGAUUCCGCUCCCCCCCCCCCCCCUCCCCCCGCCACCGUUUUGGGGGUCGGGAUGGGGUAAGGGGGAGGAUUCUUCUUAUUUCUGGGAGCAGCGGGGUGGGGUGGGAUGGGGCGGGCGAGCGCGGAGCGAGGGAACAAAUUGCUCAGCAGAGACCUUGGGGUGAGCGGGUGGGGGCGGCUGGGGACCCCCCCAGGAGCCUCCCCUGUGCUUUUUUGGGUUGGUUUGACUUUUUUAGCACAAGUGUAUCCUUGGGGGAGGCGGGGGGGGGUUUGGGGCAGGAGGGGGCAUCUUCAGCCCAGGCCAGGCUGGAAAGUGUGAUCCCAGUCAGCCGUGAGCCCCGGCUUUCCCCCGGCAGGGGAGUCACGGCGUCCCCAUGGUGUCCUGGGGGACAGGGGCACCGUGAACCAUUUUGGUCGUCCCCCCCCCGCCCCACCAAGGCCCAAGCACAGGCUGAGCCAUGGAUGAACAAAACCUGGCGCCCAGCGGCGCCCCACAAAUCUCCUCCUGAGCGGGGAUGCCCAGGGCCGGGGCGGGGGGCGACACCUCUGCGGGUUAAUGCUGCUCGUCCCGGCUCGUCCCUGGCACCCGUCCAUCCCACCCAGUUUUGGGGGGGGGGACCAAACCGUCACCCCCAGGAGGAGGAAGCUGCUGGGCUGAGGGCUGGGCUGGGGAUUUUCCACCCGCCCCGGGGGGCUGCAUCCAUCCAUCCUCCGGCUUCGGCAUGUCCUACCCCCCCCCCCCGCCCCCUCCAACCUUUGGGCUCGCAGCCCCCAGCCACCUCCUGUUCUGGGGCCGAGCGGCAGCUUUUUAAACUUAAUUACAGAAAGAGAGAGGAAAGGGGCUCCCAGGCUUUGCCGGCAGCCCCACUUUUGCGGGACUUUGCUGAUUUUCCAAAAAAAAAAAAAAAAAAAGCCCCCCCAAUGGGCACCGAGGACAGUCCUGACCCGACCCGACCCCCCCCGGCCCGGCCCGGGGCUGUUGGUGUUUAAUCCUUGCUGGCCCCGUGUUUUCCGGGCGGCUGGAGCAGGACGAUGGGGAUGAGUCUCCCUGGGUGGGAGAGCAGCUGCCCGGAUUAACCCGCUGCCCCCGGAUGAAAAGCCGGGCUUUGGCAGUCCCGCUUGACGCUGGUUUCCAGCCAGCUGGGACUGGUGGCGGGGAGGGGGGGGGGGACACCCUUUGGUCUCCAGCUUGGCUGGUAAUGCGACGGCCUCGUUAGCCGGCGGCCUGAUGAACCGGAGGUCCCGGGAGAGCAGGGACGUGAGCGGAGGGACACCCCAGGGUUGUCUCCCAAACCCGGCACGUCGAGGAACCAGGAUCCACCAGCCCUUGGAGAAACGUCUCCAGGAGCCGGGCCGUGGCGGGUGCCAGCCCCUGGGUAUCCCACCCACCCCCCGCUCCGCUGGCAAAGCCGCCGGUCACCCACUGCGGUGCCUGGACAAGCAGAGUCACUAGAAAAGGGGUGAACAGGUAAGGAGGGGACACCCUCGUGGCUCAGCUUGUCCCCAUGUGCCAGCCCCGGGCAGGGCGGCAGCUCUGGAUGUGACCGUGGCAGGAGGAGGAGGCAAAGGGCCCUGCUCCCCCCAAGCCCGGGGAGAUGAAGGGCGUGAGUGCCCAGCAUCCCUACGAAACCCUGAGCCACGCACUCCAAAAACCAUCCCACCCCUCUCCGGCCGCUGCCGCAGCAGCCCAUGGACACCACCCCGCAGCCCCCGUCCCCCCCAUCGCCCCCCGGGGAAGCUCAGACUGGCCGCGGGAGCCCCAAAACCUUGCUGGGGGAGGGAGGGCUGUCCCCUGAAAACAUCCCAAUUCGAGCCACUGGCGGGUGGUUAUUUUGCCAGUGGCCGCAGCCCCCAGCCCUGCAGCCCCCCCCCGCCGGGGCCACGGCUCCCAAAAGCCCAAGACUCGACUGCAGCGCCGGCGCGGACAAGCCAGCACAUCAGGGAAAAUUUCCAGUCUUCCUCUUUUACAGUCUCUGUCUCCUGCCGCGGAGGGAGCUAACUGGAACAAAUACUCUGUAGAAAUAUUUCAGUAUUUUCCUCUCGCGCGUGCGCUCUCUCUCUCUCUCUUUCUCUCUCUCUCUCUUUUUUUUUUUUUUUUUCUUUUUUUUUUCUGGGUUGUGAGUACAGCUGUAGAUUCAGUGAGCUGGUUCAAUUAUAAUAAAAUAUACAGUAUAUAUUGUAAAUGA